CAGUCUAAUGAAGGUCUUGUCUAUGGUUGACUGUUGAAAAUUUGGAUAAAAAUAAAUUACAUUAAAAAUUCUAUUUUUUCACCAUUUCUAACGUAGCCUGAGUGCGAUUACGAAGAGAAGAGGAAAAACGUGAUUUUUUAGAAAUGGCGAUUUUUAGACUAACUCGUCUUGUGGCACAGUCCAAGACUUUAACGAAACACGAACCGAUUAUACAUCUAAGAACUGCAACUACUACUCCAACUGGUGCUAUUUUACCCGAACCACAAAAACAACCUUUUGGUUUGCUGUGUGUUGUUUUUGCUGUCGUACCGGGCUUACUAAUCGGAGCUGCUAUUAGUAAAAACAUAGCAAAUUUCCUUGAAGAAAAUGAACUCUUUGUACCAUCGGACGAUGACGAUGAUGACGACUAAUUUCAUAACUGUUUAAAUAAUGCUUGAAAUUGAUUUGGGCAAAAACAAAUGUUAUUGUUAAUGUCAUUAAGAGUUUUCAUUGACAUAUUGUUUUAACACUUACCAUUUAUUGAACAGUAAUGCACUUAAAAAAGCUUACUACUUUUUGUCAAUUCUAUUUCACAAUUUCAAAUAAAAACAAGAUAGUAAUAAUACCAACCUUCUUUAGCUUUACUUUAAAAUAAAACAGUAUGUGAAGUCAGUGAAUACAUUUAUUUUUAAAAAGUUGUGUAUUUAACAUAAAUGCAAUAUUAUAAAAAGAUGUCUUUACAAGGGAGUAACAAAAAGUCAAUCAUCUAUUCUAGUCAAAAGUUACUCUUUCCAAUAAAUAACUUGUAAUCUCAUUACUCUUGUGUAUUAUUAUUAAGAAAAAAUCUGAAUAAAAUAAUGUUCAUUAAAAUGGCA